AUGACUCGAAUCUUGUCACUAAUUUCUGAUCUGAUACACCAGGGCAUGCUGUCGUCGUACCAUGGUGAUGAAGAAGUCAAGAUACCUUGCAAGUGCACAUGUGAGGACCAGAGCGACGACAACCACAAGCACCACUAUCUCACAGCAGAGACUCAAGCACACACCCCUGCGGAUGAACCAAGCGACGGGGAGUUCAGUGAUGACGAAGAGUCGGAGGAUAGUUCUGAGAGUGCGCCUCAGCUGGCUUUGCCUACCUAUGAACAGAUACAUAGUCCUGGACACGAACAUGUACGCACGAGUAGUGACCCAAAUAUGGGGGCUAACAACACCCAUGCGGGUCUGUAUCCAGGCUUGAAGUCGCGUUUGGGACAGUUACAGCUCGAACACAACAGCAACAGCAACAAUGGACUGCAUUACCACAAUCCUCAGCAAAUGCACUACCAGUCGCUUCCGGAUAUGACUGUGGAGCCUUCUGCACCGCCUCUACCCACGCAGCGACGCGCACCGUCUCCUCCCCCGAGGGUACGUACGGGGUCUAUUCCUGGCAUGGCAUCGUCUUCGGCUGUGUUGGAAGGCCGCCAGCGUAACAGCAGAGACCUCUACCACACACACUCCACACCUGUGCGUGUGCAGACGUAUUCGCACGACCACGUCUCGAGGACACAGCCUAUCACACGCCCCAGCAGCACGAAGGAAUCCAGUAAGAAGAACACGCAAGGCUAUGUAUCGUACAAGACUCAGCGAAUCAACAACGAUGGCGACAAUGCGCCCGGCAAAUGGGUUAGUUACUGGGCAGACCUCUCUGAAAGAUGCCUGCUUCUCUACCCUUUAAAGCCUGGAACCGAGAAGAAGAAGUCAGAUGUACGCCGAAACGUGCCCAAGUACAUACGCUUGCACAGCUGCAUCAUGAACGAGAACAGCGUUUGCUCGGACCCUCUCGGUGGCGAUAAGUUUGUGUUCAGCUUCACCAAUCAGCAGACGCGUAUAAGGCACUCGUUUUACCUGCAAUCGCGCGAUGAGCGUUCGCGUUGGUAUGCGGCCAUUGAUCGCAAUCUGGUGCAGUGCAUUGAGAAUGCGGCGUGCGUGUGCGACCACGAGCGUGAUCAGAUUCAACACGAUCGUGAGAUGCAUGAACAGGAACAGCUGGCGAGAGAUAUAGAUAUGAGUAGCAAUGGAGGAAGCCUAUACCCCACGUUGGGUUAAUAGGCGCAACGAUCGUACACAAGGCUCCAAUGUCAAGUCUAAUAGCGAGAACAUAUACAAUAUAGCUACACAGUUGUGCCAAGGGUAUUGCACUAGCAAGAACUAUGUAGUAGUGCUUGUACGACAUACACGCACGCUACAUUCGCAUACGACAACUAGUAGAGCAGCUACAAUUCGUCUCAAAGGUAUCCGCAAUGUCACCCAGAUGAGAAUCACGAUUAGACCUUACACGGACGACGGGAGCUGUUUUAAAACAACACAAGCAUACGGUAUUGUUGUUUAUAAAUUGUGGUUGCGAUAGAACUGAUGGAGAGGGUGGCUUAUUAUAUUACCAAGUUUAUUGUCAAAUACCAGGAUAUGAGGGUGGCUUAUUUUAUUACCAAGUUUAUUGUCAAAUACCAGGAUAUGAGGGUGUAUAGCCUCCACUCACCGUGUAUGAAGAACGUCUUGUUUGAUUUAGGGUUUUAUGUAGCGCGAAGGCAGUUCAGAAAGAUCAUUGUGACAGCGAUGACCUGAUCGCGUCGUAGUUUGUUUGCCAUUACGCGGCACGGAGUCUUUUCUCCAGCUGAUUGUCAAUCUCUAAUCCUACGAGAAGCAAGGUCCCGAGGAGAAACGCCUGAGAGUUGCAAGGGCAAGUGGAGACAGAUGUUGAGAUGAAAGUAGCCAUCUACUGAGCGGGUGGACAGCGUACUAGACUUGUAGCUGGUCAUGUACGCAAUACUUGCAGAAGAAGUAUAUGCACAGCUCCUAAAACGUGUUAUUGGUGCGCAAAGUUGAUUAGUGUGCAUACAUUUGAUCGACAUGCAUAUACUCGGCGGGGUCAGUUCAGUUGUUCACGAAAGGUAGUAGGCGUCACUAUUAAAAUUCGAAAUAUUGGUGGUAUCAAUAAACAAAGUG